GCGAGAAGCUUCAGAGGAAGAUCAUCUGCAAGGAACGAUGAAGCCUAAAUCUUUUCUUGAUGUGCAACUGCCACAGAUCGGCCUGUUUGUCGGCCUAGAGACAUUAAAUGAAGGCUGGAGUGGCAGCAGUGCAGGAUACCAGCGGCAGAUCGACACAGGAACUCCAGCACAGACUGCAGACCAUGAGGACUUGGUCGAAAGGAAGCAGACAAGGGAAGUGCACUUCGCCUUCUUACCAAAGAACUAUGUGCCUUUGGAAGAGAAUGACAGCAUACAGAGAGCAAAGGAGGAGAAGAAAGCAAAGAGGAAAGAGAAGUACAAGAAAUACAAAAAGAAUGUGGGGAAAGCUCUGCGCUACAGCUGGAAGUGUUUAAUGUUCGGACUUCAGAACUUCACCGUGGGCUACUCCACCCCACUCAGUGCGGCUGCCACGCUCGUCCCAGAAUUCAAAGCAGGACGUGCCAAGAGUUGAGAAGAUCAGAGCUCAUUCCUUUAGAAGCACAGCAGGCUGAUCUGCUCUGAAUGUUUCUGAUGGACCUUUCAGCAUCUCUCAGACUGUGCCUUUACACAGCCAUGUAAUGGGUUACUACUGACGACGGCACCUGCAUGAAUGCAAUUUUCUGUUUAUUCAUAUUAAUAAUAAAUGCAUUUUAUAGGCAGAUUGUGAUUGGACUGUGAAGUAUAGCACAUAAUAUCUGUUAUAUAGGCAACAAAAUUCUACUAUUAUUAAUAUUAAUUAUGCAGUUUUAUAUUUGUCAUAUUGAAAAAAGCAUGCAAUUGACUAUUCAAGUGUGUUUAUAAAAUUCACGUGAAUGAAAAUAUAUUACAUCAACAAAAUCUCAGCCAAAAGUAUGUAAACUGAAGGACAAAAUUUUGUCGGUGUGAUAUACUGCAUAAUAUGGACUAUAAAAGAACCUACAGUUUAUUUUUUUAAUCAUUUUAUUACUUUCAAAGGGAGUUUCAUCAUUUUUUUAUUCUAUAAAGAAAGUCAUUCAGAGUUGGUUUUAGAGGCAUCAAAUCCUUCAGACGUCUGGUUCCUAUCACCACGGCUGUGAGCAACUCUGACUCAACAAGUUUCUCUAGAACAGAGAUUUUACACCAAACGACUCUGAAAGACUUUGUUUAUAUCUUAAGCGUUUAAUUAUGUAGUAAUUUUGAAAAAUCUGUGAAUUUCCUCUUUAAUCAAAAAAAUGUUCUCGUUCUGAGAAAAAAAGGAAUGCGAAGUGAAAGAUGAUUGAAUGUUGUAUGUAUGUCUGUAGUGAAGGUUUAGCAUGUGGUCUACAUUUACAGAUAGGCUAAUCUGUUCAGGAGCUACAGGGAUUUAAAGACAGGACGGCUUUAGACAGGAAGAGAACAGAGAAAAACAGGAAGUGGCGCUGCAGGACUGGGUCAGUUUUUAUGAUCGGGUUGAGCUCUGGACUGAAUUCAUUCCCUUUUUUAAUAUAUGCACAUAGCUUAACCCUGUUAAAGGAAAUCUCUGGUGCUUUUGAAACUACUCUCUGUCUGACACGUCUGUAGUGUAUGGCUGAUUAUCAAUUCUGCUGUACAUACAAAAGAGCAGAAAAGCGGCUAACUCAGAAUACGCUUAUAAUAGAUGCCUUUGGAAAGCAUCUGCUCAUUGGCUUUUAUGACAAGUGUGACUUAAAUGGGAAACACAUUUAGAAAUGUAACCAUGACUACAUCUGUUGUAAACAUGCCUACUUACCAUGCCUCCUGCAGUGAUAUCCUGGAAACUCAAGAGCAAGAUUUUUUCCGGUUUUUAGUUUCAGUUUGAAGAUGCAUCUUCAAAAACUUUGAAAAACUACAAGCAUGACAUCUGCAUUUAUUUGUCCGUCAGCACAUUUAUUUGUACAUCAGCAGCUAUGACGAUGAGCUAUGAACCAGUCGGGUUUCUUUGUCACCAAGAGGGGGGAUUAUCAACUGUUGUAGGACGCACUUGCAUAGUGCAUGUUAGGUACUGUAGUAAUAAAAAAAAUAAUAUUUUUUUUGCGAUGUCAUGAAAACCAACAAAUCUACACAUUCAGCCCAGAGCAGCUUAGCCUACUCAUGUUGAAGUUAUGAGGUGUUUUUUUUUUUCAAAUUAUGGCUGUUUUUUGAAUGAGCUACAGCCUCUUAGAACAGAGCCCCUUUAAACGUAUAUGUCUUAAAAGCAAAGUAACAAAAACAGCCUGUUUCAUUUGAGUUUAACAUAUUGGGAAAAAAUAAAACCUAAAAUGUUCCACAGCUUAUGCACAGGCAUUUCAUGUUUAAGUUCUGUUUCUAGUAUUAAAUAAACAGUGAUCGUGCAUUAAAGUGUGUGUAUAGAGGAUGAGUAGACUUGCAUUUGGCCAACACUGCCGCAUCACCAUGUCUGUGACACAUGUAGUUUGCACCUGAAAGACAACUGACCAAAGUUAACAUAGUUUCACUAUAAAUGAUUUGUAAUCAGAAGAACUACAUCUACUGUAUUAUAAUGAUGAUCAAUGUAUUUGUAAGACAAAGCAUUCAGUAUGUGUUCAGACAACACUGAAGAACUGAGGAAUGUUGGUUUGUUCUACUUAAUAAAAUGUUUUUUACCCAUCAAAAA